GACAACGUGCAGACAGCCCUCUGCUCCGUACCAGCGCAGUGUCCCCGGGUGUCAGCGACUUUGCAUGGCAACUCGACGGCAAUCCAGGAAAUCCUCGACCGAGUGGACCAUGCUUUUGCUCGACUUUUCCAUUUCAAAGCGGUUCUGCAUUGGUAUAUCGGGGAGGGAAUGGAGGAACUGGACUUCGUCAAGGCCGCAAGCAAUCUGCAUGACUUGGUCGCGGAGUAUCGACACUAUCGAUAUGCUUCCGAGGCUGGUUUUCUGAUGGGGCGAGUCCCGACAAUAAGGAAAUACAGCUCCUCGAACAAGUAA